CAUUUGGACUUCGAGAGUUUAAUAAAAAUAAGCAGUCAAUUAAUUAAAUAAUUUGUGUGAUACUUCAGCUACAAUAAUUCGUUGUAGUGUUGAUUCCCGCACCGUUAAAUUGUGUAAUUGUGCCUUAGCUUCCCCGAAAUUAGCGAGAUUUUACGUGUGUGACACGAAAGACGACGACAUCGACGACGAUGGUGGACAGAUUAGUGAACAGCGAAGCGAAUGCCCGGAGGAUCUUGACUGUGGAAAACUGCUUUGGCAGCAGCGGAGAACCCCUGUCGCUUCCGGGACGAGUUUUGGUUGGCGAAGGUGUGUUGACAAAAAUGUGUCGCAAACGUGCGAAACCACGGCAGUUUUUCCUCUUCAACGACAUUCUCGUGUACGGCAACAUUGUGAUUGGCAAGAAGAAAUACAACAAGCAACAUAUCAUCCCGUUGGAGGAGGUUCAAUUGCAGGGCUUGGAAGACAGUGCCCAAUACAAGAACGGCUGGGUGAUACGAACUGCGACAAAAAGCUUCGCCGUUUAUGCCGCGACGAAUUCCGAGAAGCAAGAAUGGAUGGCACACAUCAACAAAUGCGUCGAGGACCUUCUUCGUAAAAGCGGCAAGAAACCCAAUAGCACACAUGCCGCUGUUUGGGUUCCCGAUAACGAAGCAACAGUGUGCAUGCGUUGCAAAAAGAGUCAGUUCACUGUAAUAAAUCGAAGGCAUCAUUGUCGAAAUUGCGGCGCCGUUUGCUGCGGCCCGUGCAGCAACAAAAAAUGGCUCAUACCAUCGAUGAGUAAGCAUCCGGUGCGCGUUUGUCUCGAUUGCUACGAGAAAAAGAGUCAGGAGAAGAAAAACGCCGGCUCCGUUACCGAUGGCAACAACACCUCCAAGCUCAAUCAUCAACUCAGCAGCUCCGGCGAAGACUCCGAAGAGGAAGAUCCCAACAAAUCAGGUACGAAUCAGCAUGACGAGGCGAAAUUCUACGGAGAUGCGGAAAAGACGAACGAAUAGCCCACGGUGAAUCCGGCGAUGUCCCCAACUUCGUCGCCUCCCUUUUCCCUACGCGAUAAAUUUAUCACAUUAUUUAAUAACGUUGUGUCGCAGCGUCGUCGAUGAUAUUAAAAGUUUAUCAUCAACGCACACACACAACACGAAUCAUGAGGACGAUCGACAAAAUUUGUAUAUUACACAUUUACAUUUAAUCAAACAUUAUUAUAUAUGAAUAAUUAUAUAUAGAUUACUUUCGUAACCGAAAUCUAAUUUUCCAACGUUAAUUUGACCGCAUGAUUCAAUCAAACACUUAUCUUAUCAAAUUUCUUUCAUUGUUCACACAUCACGUACGAAAUCCGACUCGUACACGAAGAAAGCAUGGAGAUCAUCAUACUAUACAUUAAUAUAAUAUAUAUAAAACGGGAACAAAUUGAAUGCAUUACUCACUCACCAACUCAUUGUUUUUUUUUGUGUUUGGACUUUUUCUCAUGCACGAGUUGAGUUUUUAUAUUUUCGUUUAUCGCGAUUUUGUUUUGCGUGAGAAUUCAAAAGAAUAACCGUCCUAAGUUUUUUUUUGUUGUGAAUAUUUUAAUCAUACACAUUUAUAUAUAUUAACGUUGCUCAACAACAAAAAUGAUAACAAAAAAGCCAAUCACAUGCGUCUAAAAAAAAUUUAAAUAUGCUCCAUAUACAAAAAAAUAGAUAAAAAAAACUUUCUUAUAUGACAACCUGCCAAUAUAUAAAAGAGAAAAUAAAUUUGACCCAUUUGUAUCGAGAAUCAUGCUCAUCAUUCAUUAAUUUUUAUUUUUUU